GCCAGCGUCCCUGCGUGCCAGUCCAGCCCACGUGUCCCGUCUCCUCCAUUUCUCUCCUCCGACUCCGAGCUCUCCAGCCUCGCCGCGAGAAACCCCGUCCCGGAUGUCGGAGGCCGUGGAAGCACCGGAGGCGCGGGAGAGGGUGCCGUCGUCGCCGCCCUACUGACCGCACCCGUCACUUCCACCGCCGCGCGCCCGCGUCCCCUCCGGCGACGGGUCCUCCCUCCUCUGUGUUUGAAGUAAAGCACCCAUGGAUCCACUGCAAAAGUCUAAGGCUUUGUGCCUGAAGCGCAAGCCCGAUGAUGAUUGCUUGGCGAAAAACAGCAAGUCCCAUCAUACUGAAAUUGAUAAUGUAUCUUCUAUGGUGCACAGCGGAUCCUCAUCGGAUUUACCUGCUCACAGUUGUCACAGCCAACCUAAUCUUGCUAAUGAUUGUGUUAAUUACCUGAAAAGUGGGGCGCCAAGUCGUGUCGUGUUUUACAAACAAGGUUCAUGGUGUGACUUCCCUGACAAAAUAGUCACAUCCAUUGUUGAUGCAUUCGGAGGUGACAAAUCUAGUAUCGUUGUUGUGAUGGAUGACCAGCCUCUACUUAUUGAUUUCUUAUCAAUGACCUUGGUGAACCUAAAAACGAGGAAACAGCGAUCUGUUGCAUGGCUUGAUGGGACUAACAACUGGUCUUUUCCGUCUUCAUUCUUUGAUGAGGAAGUUGAAGAAUCCGCAAAGUUGAGCAGAAAUGUUGUUGAAGGUGCUGCACUAGGUUCCGUUAGGGGUAAUGUUGUGAAGCCUCCAUCUGAUGUGGCGAAACAAGCUAUGCUUGAAGCCAGCCCUCCAGUUAUACAGAGUUCUUGUGCUUUAGAUAUAUUGCGUAAGAAGAUUGUACAUGUUGAAAGAGGUAGCGAAAGCUUUCUGUUUGUUCAGAACCUUUUCCUCUCUGGUAUGGGUUCAUUUGCAGUGCCUAACAACAUUCUUCAUAUUCAUCGGUACUCUCCAAAGGAUAUCCCUGCACAGCGUAGACUUGAAGCUUUUGAGAAACAGUUGAGGUUGACAGGACAGAAGUCUGGCAAUGCAAAUGCAAAAUAUGGAUGGCUUGGAUCCAGAAAGCAAGACAUUGUCAGUGUUAUAGUUAAUGGUUUUGUUAGCACUGGAAAAAACACUCAUGAUACGGUAAUGGCCGAUGGCAUUUAUCUGUCACCUGAAAACCGCGCCUUUACAAGUGUUGGUCUUUGUGAUGUUGACGAAAAAGGGGUACAGUAUAUGUUGUUGUGCCGAGCCAUAUUGGGCAAAACAGGAGUUAUCAAACCAGGUUCACAGGAGGAGUUUCUAGGCAUUUAUGAUUCUGGCGUUGAUGAUUGCUCAAACCCAAACUAUUAUGUGAUCUGGCCAUCACACCGAAGCACUAAUAUUUCUCUGGAAUACCUUAUAAGUUUCAGGCUUGCUCCAAAAGUUCAAGAGUAUUUUCGUAGCUUAAAGGGUUUAUGGUUGCGCCCACCUCCAGGUGAAGUGAAAGUGGAUCCUUCUAUUCUUCAAUCAGUACUAUGUCAAACUGAUGAAGGGCCAACGUCUCCAUGGAUUUCAUUCAGAUUGCUCUUUGAGACAAUACAAGACAGUAUAUCGUCUUUAGCGAGGGAAUUGCUCUAUCGCCACUAUGAGGAGUUGAAGGAAAAUAAGAUUACUCGUGAUGAAAUGGUCAAGAAAAUGAUGAUAAUAGUUGGAGAGAAAUUACUUCUGGAUACCUUAACAAAACUUAAAUACAGUCCGUCAUUAUGGUACAACUCUCCUGCAAAGAAUACCAGUUGUCCUGCAACAUUGGGAUCUGUCUGCAUUGGGACAAGUACAGAUGUUGUAUCUGCAACUCCUAGUCAUGAUGGUCCAGCACCAAGUGUACUUCGUGAGAAUUGUGAACCUGUGAAUUCCACAUAUGGUGGUUCUCCUGCGAGUGCAGUCCGAGGACAGCAUUCGCCCACCCCAAGUAUGUGUUUGGAAAGCUCUUCAUCCCGCUGUACUAACAGCCAGGAUCCUUUUGCAUCCAUGGUGGCACCUCUAGGUCAUGAUGCCCUUGUGAGGAGUGCGUUGCUCAGUGUUAAUGGCUUGGAUUCUUCUGGACCAAGCAUGGAAUAUAAUGGUCAUGAUACCCUCGCACGAAGCUGUUCUGAAGGCCAUGACUCUCAUGUAUCAAGACCAACACCUGGGAACACUGCAUCUGUCAGUAUGGAAGGCCUGCAUUCUGCUGCACCAGGUACGACACCUGAAGCCCAUGACGCUCUUGCAUCCAAUAGGGCACAUGAAAGUGUUGCUGCAACUCCAGGCGUAUCAUGUCAAGCCUAUACUCCAAGUAGGGUUCCUCAGUUCUCCGCAGCGACAAGUAUGGCGCCUGAGCUCUGUGCACCAAGAAGUAUGGCACCACAUCUCCGUGCGCCAAGAAGUAUGGCGCCUGAGCUCUGUGCACCAAGAAGCAUGGCACCGCAUCUCCGUGCGCCAAGAAGUAUGGCGCCUGAGCUUUGUGCACCAAGAAGUAAUGCACCACAUCUCCGUGCGCCAAGAAGUAUGGCGCCUGAGCUCUGUGCACCAAGAAGUAUGGCCCCGCAACUCCGUGCGCCAAAAAGCAUGGCGCCUCACCUCCGUGUGCAAAGCAAGGUGCCUAAAGUUCCUGCAAGAAAGACCAUGCCUGAAGCCAGCUAUUCCAGUGCAGCAACUGUGGUUCCUGUGAUCUGUAAACCUCCGUCAUCGAGUGUUUUACCAAAAGAGAAGAGUCAUCCUACAUCAAGCAAGGAGUGCAUGACAUCAGAAAAUGUGGCUCCAAAGAAUCCAGCAGCGCAGUGUGGAUCAAACAAGAGCCUCCCCAGGAUAGGCGUUGACGAUGGCAGCACCGCCGCAUAUUCAGCAGAUAGACUCAUCACCCUGUCAGCGGAGGGCGAGAAAUGCCUGUAGAAGACCCCGUUGUGUCAGUGACCGCGUUCCCGCUGAAACCCAUAUGUGGUGUCAUACAACCCGUUCUCCUGUGGAUGCACAUGAACAAUUGGUCUUAGCCUGUUACUCUGGCAGGUCUCCGCUCACUCUUGUACAAAAAGCAGUAACUCGGUACACUUCCCCUUACGCGACGCAAAUUUUGCCUUGUCGACUCAGAUGGUUGAUCUGUGGUGGUCAGUUAGUGUUUCUCACAUGUCUUCCUACCUGGCUUAGGCAGUGACUAACUGACUAUGGGCCACUUCUUUUCAGCUGCUGCGGCAGAUUCAGAAGCUGAAAAGAGGUGUGUUUUGCCCCUCAGCUUCAGUGGUGUUCUUCACACUUUGUACAAAGAAAAGUUUCUGAAUGCUGUUCGGCUGCUUGAUGAUGCCGGGUGCAGCAUUCUGGUACGAUGUGAUACUGGUUACUUUCUGAAAUGAAACCCAUAAACUGAAACCUAUUUUUUGGUCCCCGAUCUUUCCCUUUGAAUGCAUGCCCGCUUGAAUCGAACCGAUGUGUCUUCAAGCACAUGCUCAGCAUGUCUUAGAGAAAGUGCACAGGCCAGGUAGUUUCCCUUGAACCAUAUGAUUGCACGCCGCCGCAGAGCAUCUGUAAGAAACAGGGAGACGGGUGGCAUAGGGGUUCGAUGCCUUCAUCAACAAAGCCCAUGGACAAGAAUGGCGUUCACAGAUUCGUUUUCCAUUUCCAUGCAUGUGUUUCGUGCUUUUGAAGGGAAUUUCCGUGCAUGUUCCAAGUUCACUUUCUUUUCUCUUUCUCUCUCUUUUUUAGAAAAACUUGAAGUCUUCUGAAACUACUAUUUUGGUGUCUGAGUGUGCAGGAUAUCUUUGUGCAAAAAUUAUGGAUGGUAUCACGGCGAUGGAGCAUCGCAGAGUACGACAGCACCAGCGACACCGGGGAAACUGGGAAAGGCGGCAGCAGCCAGAGAAAACGACCGAGGAUGAUGUUUCGAACCUCUGCCUGUCACGUCGUAGCACCACUACGCCACUACCAAAUGAUGGCAUAUAUAUCUCCGGCGAGUCCUCUGCUCGACAAUGCUCGUCGGCAUCUAUCUACCUAUCUAUCUAUCUCCAUUCCACUCCAUCAUGGAAUGGAAGAUGCUGCGGCGGCGGCCGGCUUUUGUGUUCUGUGUGUUGCAGCCGUGUUCCACCGAAUAUUCAUUGCUAUCUUGAAACAAAUAGUUCCCUGGUGCUGAUCGAGCGGAUUUUUUUGUCCAAAAGGACCACCUGACCAGAUGAAUUGACAAAAGAGACUA